AUGUCACCGCAUCUGCGAUGGCGCCGGGAAGCGGAGGCCCCUCCCAAGGUGGAGGUCAGCUCCACCUCUGUCACCAUUCAGGCUCCAGGAACAACAAAUGCCUCAAUGACAGUUCUAACGGGAUCUACAGAACCAGAGCUUCCCAUCAUCACGACCACACAGGAGAGCUUAAUGGAGAAAACAGAAGAUUUGGCUCGGAAGAUGAAUAUUGAACCAUGGCAGCUGGUUGCAAUUCUAGUCGGGGUAGGGGUGGUGGUUUUGGGAGUAUGCUUCUGUUGCAUACGGCGGUGUUGCCGCAAGAGACGCUCCAAGGAUGGCAAGAAGGGAAUGAAGGGAGUCGAUUUCAAGUCCGUCCAGCUCCUCGGUUCUGCUUAUAAGGAAAAGGUGCAGCCGGACAUGGAAGAGCUAACGGAGAAUGCAGAGGAACCUGAUGAAGGUGAAGAAAAGAAAGAAGAAAUAAAACUUGGAAAAGUUCAAUAUAAGUUGGAGUAUGACUUUAACAGUAACAGCUUGUCGGUAACAGUAAUUCAAGCUGAAGAAUUGCCGGCUUUAGACAUGGGUGGAACAUCUGAUCCGUAUGUAAAAGUAUAUCUUCUACCUGAUAAGAAGAAGAAGUUCGAAACUAAAGUGCAUCGAAAAACGCUCAGUCCUGUCUUCAACGAAACUUUUGUAUUUAAGAACGUUCCUUACGCUGAUGCUAUGAACAAGACACUGGUAUUCGCGAUCUUCGACUUCGAUCGUUUCUCCAAGCACGACCAGAUCGGUGAGGUGAAGGUACCUCUAUGCCAGGUGGAUCUUGCCCAGACUAUUGAAGAAUGGCGUGAGUUGCAGAGUGUGGAAGGCGAGGGCGGACAGGAUAACAAGUUGGGAGAUAUAUGUUUCUCGUUGAGAUAUGUACCAACUGCUGGAAAACUUACCGUGGUCAUCUUGGAAGCCAAAAACCUCAAGAAAAUGGAUGUCGGUGGGCUCUCAGAUCCGUACGUAAAGAUAGCUCUAAUGCAAAACGGGAAACGGCUCAAAAAGAAGAAAACGAGCAUCAAGAAGUGUACAUUGAAUCCUUAUUACAACGAGUCAUUUACUUUUGAAGUACCAUUCGAGCAAAUACAGAAAGUAAACCUAGUAGUAACUGUUGUGGACUACGACCGUAUUGGAACAUCGGAACCUAUCGGUAAAGUCGUGUUGGGAUACAACGCGUCCGGCACAGAGCUCCGCCAUUGGUCCGACAUGUUGGCGAGCCCGCGACGUCCUAUCGCCCAGUGGCACACCCUGAAGGACCCCGAAGAUGGAGAGAAGAAAGAUUAA